UAAGUAUAUUUUAAGCACAUUUCUGGGUAAACUUUUCAUUUAAGUGCCAUGAGACAAAAAAAAUUAAAACCAAAAUCUCUGACCGAGUGAAGCGUGUCAUCUAAAACAGGCACAGUAAAUGUCACAGUCCAGCUCAGAGGUGCAGCAAGAUGUAGAAGUCAAUUACAUGCAUGAGCUCUUCAGAUGUGGAGAGUGACAUAUUCAGGCUUCCCAUUAUCAUGUCAGCGUGCAGCUCCAGACGCUCAUGGAUGGUUUUGUACCUUGCUCUGCUGGUAACACUGGUGUCCCAGAGCGAAGGAGGUUGUCAGGAUACGGGACUGUGUUGCAUUGGACAAAACCAGUCAUGUAUUACUGAAGACUGGAGGAAAGAUCGCUCCUAUGGGGAAUGUUACUGCGACCAGGCAUGCAAGACCACAUUGGACUGUUGUCACGACUAUGACCUUGCCUGUCCAGCCGUAUCCUGUGUAGUGAGUGAAUGGAGCGUGUGGUCUGGCUGUCUGGAGCCGUGUAAACCCACACUGCGCACCAGGCAGAGACAGGUGAUUCGGGAAGCACGUAAUGGAGGCGAACCCUGUCCCUCUCUAUAUCAGACUGCAGGCUGCGCAGAGUAUCACGACCAGCAUGGCCCCUGCCUGCAGUCACUAGUCCCAGCUCUCAUCACCACAGGUGGAUAUGGAAAUGCAAGGAAAAAGAGGGAGAUUUUGGACAACAGUAUCACAGGUUACUGUGUGGAGUUCAGACUCACGUCCUUGACGGUGGGUUGUCAACACAGUUUCAGUCCACACACUCGCUGGAUGCGGUAUCUGAAAGAGGGACAUCAGGUGUGUGUGGAGUGCCAGCCACCAGCACUGGCCCAGGGCCAACGCUUCUGCUCCGGGGACGGGGAGAACAUGGGACAGGACGGGAGCUUGUCUCUGCAGUGGCAGGCCGUGGGGAAUUCUCGCUGCAGAGGGCUGUGGAGACGGGUCCGUCGACGAGACUCCUGUUCCUGUCCUACUGUACACAGUUUUCUCUUCAUCUAA